AGAAGAAUUGUUCCGGUUCGAGAAACUCUGUGCUUCCGGCAGCUGAUCUUCCAAACAAGUCAUGGCAGAAAAAGGAGCAGAAGGAUCCGCUAAACCUACACUAUCAGCGGCGGAGAAACAACUCCUCCGCCGCCGACAGGAGCUCGACUACUGGAAGAAGAAUGCAGCACAGCUCCGCGGCCGAAACCUGCUGACCGGCCUGGCCAUCGGGGCGUUUGUGGUCGGCAUGUUUAGCUACACCAUCCUGUCGGUGAAACAGGAGAGAAUCUUGGAGGAGCUGGAUGAUGAAGCCAAGAUCCACAUCAUCAGAGGGCCGCGGACGGGCGCCAACUCGUGAUGACACUGACCAUGGACUGUCAUGGACUUACUGUACCCUCAGCACAGGGCAGGUGGGGGGUGGGGAGCUUGUCUGUCACUUUGACAGACUGUGACCUCACACAGGCCUGUGACGAGCCAUGUCUGCCUAACUCAGAUUGUUUUUUUUUUGUUUGUUUUUUUUUCAUUGUUAGUUUUCUGGUACAACUUUAGAAAAUCUACUGUCCAUUUCUGGACUCUUUGCAUUCAUGUAAACUUACCUUAAAUUACGCAAAGCUUCAGCUUGAAAAAAACAGUAAAGCUUAUUUUACAGAUCCAUGAUUUCGAAGUGAAUAUUUUGUGAGACAGGUCAGCAGAACACGUGAAAAGGUGAAAGUUGUCAUUUUCAGUAAUAAUUAAAUGAAUAUUUACUUUGAA